GUGAUCUCUCUUUCUUUCACUUUGAGACACAUGAAAUGCAAACCAUUUCACCCCUCACCACUCUUCUCUCUCAAAUCAAACAAUGACUCCACUACACUACACACACCACUACCCAAAUCCCCAUCAUUUUGGCUCAUUUUAUUUUGCUUUAAAUUAAGUUUGUUAGAACCCGAGUUAGAGAAUGGGUUAGAAAAGGGUAACCAUAGUUAAAAGUUUGGAAACAACUAUAGAAAUUGUUAGUUAGUUAAAUGUUGAAAAAUUAGAGAAUUUAGAAAAAAAACUUCAGUUUACUCAUAUUCUUUCCAUUUCUAUUCUCCGUUUCUUUCUGUAACGAAAUCAACAUGUCUGAACCUCUUUCCAACUCUACUCUCACCACAGUCGGAACUUCCGCUGCCACUUCCGACCCUACUCUCACCACCGUCAGUACUUCCGCUUCCACUUCCGACCCUACUCUCACCACUGUCGGUACUUCCGCUGCCACUUCCGACCCUACUCUCACCACCGUCUGUACUUCCGCUACUUCCACCGAGCUUGAUGCCGUUAAUUCCGGUGAUGAUGAUGAUACUGAUGAUUCCGAUGAGGAUUCCAGUGAUGAUGAUACUGAUGAUUCCGAUGAGGAUUCCGGUGAUGGUUACGUAACCAGAACGUACCAGAAAUUCUGUUACGAUCUUCGUAAUCCUCAUGCGCAACCACUACCUCCUCCUCCUGAUUUCGAUGCAGUGAAAAUCAUCCACUCAUCGGCUAAACCGUUAUUUUUUGAUGAUGACCCUGUUGCACAGCUAGACGCUGUGACCAAGUUUGCUACGGUAUUGUCAAUGGGAUCGCAUGAUUUUAUCGAUGAAGUCCUGAAAGUACCAAAUAUUGUCGAACAAUUGUGGAAGUUCUCGGCACAGAAUGAUUACCCUGAACUGAAGGAGAUGGCGCUAUGGGCUCUCAACAAUAUAGCCGCGGGAUGGUGUCAGCAUACGAGAGUUGUAGUUGCAAGUGGUGGUAUUCCAAAGCUUCUGAAGCUCUGCAUCAGCAAAGAGAGUCUCAUUGUUAAAAUGCAGGCAAUAUGGGCCUUGGGUAAUAUUGCAGUUUAUUCCCAAAAAACAAAGCAUCAAAUUUUGGAAUUGGGUGCCACCACUCUCUACCCUUUAGUAUGUAUGCUGAAGGAUACAACUACAGACAAAUCACUCUCCUCGGUUAUUAUGUUUGCUUUGCUAAACUUUUUUCGUGAAAGGAUUCCGUCAAAGCUUUACUUCCAACUGCAACCUCCUAUCAGCGUUUUAGUUUCGCCUACUCUUGUGGAUAUUUUGUCUAUGGAAAACACAAGAGAAGAACUUGUGCUAAUAGCUCUUCAUAUGUUUGCUUGUUUUUUGGCAAGCGGUCUUUAUAAAAAAGACGUGGACAAAGCAAACAUGUAUGCCCAAAUUCCAAAAUUUCUUGUGCAUCAUCCAAAAUGGAAGGAAGUUCCCAAUUAUGCACUGUUGAUCAUAAGGGAUGUGGAUGAGUCUAACAAACAGGUUUUAAUCGACAAUCAAGUUCUCUUGGGCCUUAAACAUCUCAUUGAAGUUGAAGGCCUUAAUAAAAGAGGUGGUGACAAGUUUAUCCGCAAAGGUGUUUGUAGAGCAAUUGCAAACUUUACCGCUGGGACAAGCGGUCAAUUACAGGCUGUGAUUGAUAUGAAGCUUAUUUCUCCUCUGCUUGAUCUCACGAAGAGUGAGUCUGACAUUAAGGAAGUGGCUGCAUGCGUUAUAUAUAAUGUCACUUGUUAUGAAUGCAGUAAUGAAUGAAAGCAAGAGCAGAUAUUCAAAGCAAAUACUAACAAACUAUUCUAUUUUCAUCAAUAUUCUUCUCUGCUUUAUUGAUAUGCUAAUGAUUGGUUAUAUAGUACAAUCCUAGGGAAUCUAAGAAGGUACAUUCCUCAAUGAUUACAAGCAUUUCUUAUCCUAACAGAAUAGGUGAGUCAGCAGAGAACAUUCUAGGCUUAGUAACAAAUUACUUCCUUGCCCUUCUACCCUUUUUGAGUGGAGUUGUUUUGAAUCCUCGAAGCCAAUGUGGUUUGCCUGCAUUCCUUUUGGGCCUACCUUGUGGAACAGUGUCAAGCCCAAUAUCAUCUUGGCCCAUAUCCAUAUCUUCAAUAUCUGUUUCCACUUGGUUCGUGACAUCCCAGGUUCCAUCGAAAUUGACCUUGUCCUCAAGGUCGAAAGUAGGGUAGGUGCUUUGAAUUUCUUGAUAUUUCUCCCAAGUAGCAUCUUCAGGAAACAGACCUUCCCAUUGUAUCAAAACUUCUACAAAUUCUCCUGAUUCAUUCUGCUUCCAAUCCAAAACAGCCAAUGGUUUGAUCACAGGUUGAUUACCAAGUGCUUCCAAAGGUAAAUCAAGUGGCUCAGAAGUUUCAUCAAAACACGGUUUCAGCUGGGAGACAUGGAAAACAGGAUGGAUCCUGCUAGUUGGUGGCAAUUCCAACUCAAAAGCCACAUCUCCAAUGGCUUUUAUGAGCUUAAAGGGUCCAUAGAAUCUUUUAGACAGUUUGUGAAUUCUUCUCCCCAUAACAGAAUUCUGUCUAUAUGGUCUUAGCUUGACAAACACAAGAUCACCCACCUUGAAUUUAUGUGGAAUACGAUGCUGAUCAGCUUGUUCCUUCAUGAUAGCUUGGGCCUUUUGUAACUUGUUUUUGAGAUUCUGCAGCAUCAUAUCUCUGUCUAUUAGUGUAGCAUCUAUUGCCUGAAUGGAUGAAGAUCCAGGAAUAUAAUCAGCCAAAGCAGGAGGAGGUCUACCAUACACAAUUUGGAAUGGAGAUAAGCCAGUGGAAGUAUGUAUGGCAGUAUUGUAAUGCCACUCAGCCCAGUGCAAGAAUUGCUCCCAUUGAUUUGGUUUGUCAUGGACAAAACAGCGCAGGUACUGCUGAAGCACUUUAUUGACAAUUUCUGUCUGGCCGUCGCUCUGAGGAUGGUACGCUGUAGACAUUCUAAGCUUAGUACCACUCAGCUUGAAUAAUUCCUGCCAAAAUUGACUCAAGAAGAUAGGGUCCCUGUCUGACACUAUGCUUCUAGGCAUGCCAUGCAGUUUACAAACCAUUUUAGCAAACAAGUCAGCUACCUUGAUUGCAGUAAAAUGUGUUGGAAGAGAUCCAAAAUGAGCAGCCUUUGAGAGUCUGUCUACCACCACGAAGAUAACAGUAUGCGAUUGGACAGAAGGGAGCCCGACAAUGAAAUCGAGAGAUAUAUCCUCCCAUACUUUCUCUGGAAUCGGCAGGGGUUGCAAGAGUCCAUAUGGAGAAUGGUUAGCUGGCUUAGUUUGUUGGCAGAUGGAGCAGGAUUUAACAAAGUGAGUAACAUCAUUGCGCAUCCCGUACCAAAACACAUUCUCUUGCAAACGCCCAUAAGUUCUGUGUAUACCACUGUGACCACCUAUGGUAGAUGCAUGAAAUUCUUCCAAGAGUGUCAGUUUGAGUGGUGAAGUAGCUGGGAUAAACAAUUUACCUUUGAAAAACAACAGUCCAUUCAUAAUUUCAAAUUCAGAAUACUCUGCUGGUUUAGCUUGGACUUGAGCUAAAAAUUGUUGAAACUCGGUGUCCACAGCUAGUUGUUGUUUAAAGGUAGUGAGAAAAUCCAUCUGCGGUAUGGUGAGAACUAAACAAUGGACGCGUGAAAGGGCAUCUGCUACCCUGUUCUGAGGUCCAGGUUUGUAGAUAAUUUCAUAAGAGUAUCCCAGCAGUUUGGCAAGAUAAAAUUGCUGCUCAGGAGUUUGUAUGACUUGGGUCAUUAGCUCUCUCAAACUCCUUUGAUCUGUAUAUAUAGCAAAAGUAUUACCCAAUAGAUAAGUUCUCCACUUCUUCACUGCAGUUGUGAUAGCACACAACUCUCGCACAUAAGUGGAAGCUUGUAACAUUCUUGGACAAAAUUGCUUACUGAAAUAGCAAAUGGGAUGACCACUUUGCAUCAACACCGCUCCCAUUCCUACACCUGAAGCAUCUGUCUCAAGUAUGAAUUUCUCAUCAAAAUUGGGUAAACCUAACACAGGAACCUCAGUCAUGGCUCGCUUUAACCCUUCAAACGCUUGUUGAGCUCUCUCCGUCCAUUCAAAAGCAUCGCGUUUGAGUAAUGAGGUCAAUGGCGCAGCCAAGGAAGCAUAAUUGCGCACAAACUUACGGUAGAAACCUGUUAAGCCUAAGAAACCACGCAAUUGCUUAACAUUCGUCGGUGGUGGCCAAUUCACCAUAGCGCUGAUCUUAGAAGGAUCAGGGCCUACACCCUCAGCAGACACAAUGUGUCCUAAGUAAUCAAUAGAAGUUUGUGCAAAGGAACACUUAGAAGCCUUUAAACAGAAUUCAUUGUCAAGUAAACAUUGUAAAACUGUCUCUAAGUGUUGCAGAUGAGUAUCCAAAGUAGGACUAUAUACCAAUAUGUCGUCGAAGAAUACAAUAACAAAACGACGAAGGAACGGCUCAAAAAUAAGGUUCAUAGUAGAUUGAAAAGUAGAAGGUGCAUUGCACAGUCCAAAAGGCAUUACCAUAAAUUCAUAAUGACCUUGAUGAGUGCGGAAAGCUGUCUUGUGAACAUCCUCUUGAGCCAUUCGAAUCUGAUGGUAUCCAGAGCGAAGAUCCAGUUUAGUAAACCAACAGGUGCCAUAUAAUUCAUCCAAAAGCUCAUCGAUGGCAGGUAUUGGAAAGCGAUCUUUGCUAGUGACUGCAUUCAAAGCUCUAUAAUCUACGCAAAAUCUCCAAGUGCCGUCUUUUUUGCGUACCAACAGAACAGGAGAAGAAAAAGCACUAGAACUGUGUUGAAUGAGGCCGUUUGCUAGCAUCUCUCUGAUUUGAGUUUCAAUUUCCUUUUUCUGAAAUUGGGGGUACCGGUAGGGACGGACAUUGACAGGGUUGGUGUUUGGAAGUAAGGGUAUUUUGUGGUCUACUGGCCUUUGUGGUGGAAGGUGGGUUGGGGUUUUGAAAAUGGUAGAGAAUUUGGUUAAGAGCUUAUUGAUACGCUCAUCAGGGUGAGGGUUGGAAUUUGAUGGUUCUUCUGGUUGGAUGAGUUGCAGGUUAAGAAGAGUAUCAAUUGCGUUGGUGGAAACCAGACGCUGUAGUUGAUGGAUAUUAGCCUCUUCUGGAUUAGCUUUUGGCACCCCCUUUAGGUGAAUUUGUUGUCCUUCAGAAAAGAAACUCAUGGUUAAUUUGUCAUAAUCCGUCACGAUUGGGCCUAAUGUUUUCAGCCAUUGGACUCCAAGUACCAGCUCAGCUCCACUUAAGGGUAAGAUAAACAGAUCCACCGAAAAUUCAUGAGAGCCCAAUAACAGAGUUGUUUGAGGACACAUAGAUGUGCAAUUCAACACCUCCCCAUUCCCCACCAAUACUUUGAAGGAAUGGGCUUCUUCAGUGGAAAGGCCCAAUUGGCGAGCGACCCGGUCCUGCAAAAAAUUGUGGGUACUCCCACUAUCAAUCAGAAUUGCAACAGGUUUGUUGUGGAUUUGGCCCAUAACCCGCAACGUCUGAGGAAUAGUAUGGCCCAUGAGUGCAUGUAAGCUGAUCUGGGCUGGAUCCGGUUCAGAUUCACUAGUCUUGGAUUCAACAACAAUCGGAUCUGGAUCCGAACUUUCCAAAUGAAACGAUGUCGCAUCCUCUGUUGAAUCCUCAGGUUCAACGAUCAAAAGAUGGAAAAGACGCUUACAACGAUGACCACGUUGAUAGCGUUCAUCACAAUUAUAACACAAUCCUUUCUCGCGACGAGCUUGAAGCUCUUCCGGAGAUAAUCGUUUCACCGCCGUCUGGGUUUUUGGAGCGACCACAGACAUAGUAGGUUUGAAAGAGGAAUUGGUGUUGGGUGAUUGGGAGCUGGUGGCAGUGUUAGUGCGAUUUGGGUGAAACGAACGAUCGGAGAACUUAUCUUCUUGGAGCUUAGCAAGACUGAUAGCUUGAAUCAGAGUGACAGGUUGGAAAGCAAGUACCUCGCGACGAAUCGCCGGUUUUAAACCGGAAAUAAAACAACUGAGGUAGCACGAUGGAGGAAGACCCGUAAUACGGUUAGCCAGAGCCUCAAACUGAUUCUGGUACUCUUUAACCGUCGAUGUCUGUGAGAGCUUGAACAGAGCACCUCUCGGAUCUUCGUACUGUGACGGAGCAAAACGGGUUUCUAAGGCAUGGAGAAAUGUUGCCCAAGUCAAGAUCUGGCCAUUUUGAUGCAUCCAUUGAAACCAUGUGAGAGCCUCGCCAUCCAUGUAGAAAGAUGCGAUGCGAAGGCGUUGUUCCUCCGGUGUGGUGUGGUAGUCGAAGAAUUGAUUGAUUUUGAAGAUCCAACCCAACGGAUCUGAACCAUCGAAACGAGGUAUAUCCAGCUUGAUGGAAGUGGUGGGAAAGGGGUUGAGAUCUCGGUGAUGAGGUGUGAAACCAGGUGGACCAAGACGGGAACGGAGGUCAUGGAUAUCGGCGGCGACGGAGGUCUGGAACGUUUGCUGGGAUUGCAAAAGAGUAUUGAUGGCCGUGGUGAGUUCCUCGAUGGUGGGAAUGGAAGACAUUUUGACUCUCAAUGAGAGCACCAAAAUGUUAUGAAUGCAGUAAUGAAUGAAAGCAAGAGCAGAUAUUCAAAGCAAAUACUAACAAACUAUUCUAUUUUCAUCAAUAUUCUUCUCUGCUUUAUUGAUAUGCUAAUGAUUGGUUAUAUAGUACAAUCCUAGGGAAUCUAAGAAGGUACAUUCCUCAAUGAUUACAAGCAUUUCUUAUCCUAACAGAAUAGGUGAGUCAGCAGAGAACAUUCUAGGCUUAGUAACAAAUUACUUCCUUGCCCUUCUACCCUUUUUGAGUGGAGUUGUUUUGAAUCCUCGAAGCCAAUGUGGUUUGCCUGCAUUCCUUUUGGGCCUACCUUGUGGAACAGUGUCAAGCCCAAUAUCAUCUUGGCCCAUAUCCAUAUCUUCAAUAUCUGUUUCCACUUGGUUCGUGACAUCACUCGUGGAAGUAGUGAGCAGAUGAUGUCAUUACCGGGUAAGGAGUCUAUUGAGGUGCUUUGUGAGCUGUUGAGUAGCACAGAUCAAAAAAUUUUGGAGUCAUGUCUAAAAGGAUUAGACAACUUAUUGGCUAACAGUGCUAUGGCGGAGAUUUUUUUCGAGAUGGUUGAUGAGUCAGUACUCGAUUAUGGAGGAGUAAUAGAUAAGUUGAUAGCUCUGAAGAAACAUGACAACACAGAGAUUGGUGACAUGGCUAAAAAGAUUGAGGACAAAUGGAUUGCUCAUUAGGUUAAUACACGGCUAGGAAGAUUUGGACUGAUGAAUAGUUAAUACACACGUGUCUUUGUGUGUUGAAAAACUCUUGGAUUUGGUACACACUACACUACACUACACUACACACUAUGCCUUGAAUUUUUUGGUGAAAUCUGCCUUGAAUUUUUUGGUGAAUUCUUAACUACUCAUUCAAAGUGAGUGGCUAAAUUUACCCAACUUAGUUGUCAAAAGCAUAUUGGUCUAGUAAAUCUUACUUUCUAUUCUCAUUAAAAAAGUGUAUAAUUUUCUAUUAUUGGCAA